AUGUUUGGCUGGGUCUUAGGUGGUUUGAUUAAUUCUAGCACUCAAGUGACUAGUCAAAUGUCCAUAUCAUGUCUAAAUGAUGCUAUUCACAGAUUUUGGGAGAUUGAAGAACCUCCCAGUGAUAAGCUAGCCUGUUCAAUGGAAGUCUGCUUCCCAUUUCCCAGGAAACUGGACAUUGCUAGCAUAGGAGAAUCAAGAUCUCAGGCCAUCAGGAGAUUUUUAGCACUUGAACGUAACUUAAACAGUAAAGGGAAGUUCUGUGAAGUAGAUAGUGUAAUGCUUGAGUAUUUGAAGUUGGGACAUGCUGAGGAAGUUCCUAUUGAAGAUUUUGAUAAGCCUACAGAUAAAGUAUUUUACCUUCCUAUGCACGUGGUAUAUAAAGACUCUAGUACCACUACUAAAAUUAGAGCAGUUUUCGAUGCCUCAGCUAAAUCAAUGUCAGAAGUAUCUCUUAAUUAUACCUUAUUGGUUGGGCCUACUGUACACCCACCUUUAUUGGAUGUGUUAAUUAGAUUCAGAUAUUUUCGUAUCCCUUUGAUCACUGAUGUUAGCAAAAUGUACAGAGCUAUUGAGCUUGAGAAUGAAGACAAUAAUUUCCACCCCUCAUGUUUUGCUGCUAACAUGAGUAUCAAGCAGAAUGCUAUAGAUUGUAUGCAUGAAUUUCAUUUAGCAGCAAAAAUGGUUACUGAAUCUUUCUAUGUCGAUGAUGGACUGUUCGGAGCAGGUAGUGUUGAAGAAGCAAUUGAAUUAAGAAAGGAAAUGCAGGAGCUAUUUUCACGUGAAGGUUUUCUACUCUGUAAAUGGAAUAGUACCAGUAAGCUAGUUCUGGAAUCUAUCGAGCAUCAUCUUAAAGAUGUACAGGAGGUGCAUUCUCUUUCUGAUUCCAUGUUGGGAUACACAAAGACUCUAGGUCUUGAAUAG